GCCGGGAGCGGCGGGCUCGGAGCCUCAUUCCCGGGUGGAGCCGGAGCCGGAGCCAGCAGAACAUCAGGACGAGCCAAGAUGUUCCACGUCCGGACCUGCGCCGCGAAGCUGAGGCCGCUGACGACCUCACAGACUGUUCAGACGCUGGCCCACGGCCGGCUUACGGCCACAGCGGCCACCAGGACGUUCCCCCACAUCAGGUGCUACAGCGCACCUGGGGCUGCUGAGCCCUUUCUCAGCGGGACUAGUUCCAACUAUGUGGAGGAAAUGUACUAUGCUUGGUUGGAAAACCCCAAGAGUGUCCACAAGUCCUGGGACAUAUUUUUUCGCAAUGCCAAUGCCGGAGCCCCCCCGGGUACAGCCUACCAAAGCCCCCCUCCCCUGAGCAGCGCCAUGUCCGUGCUGGGCCAGGCUCAGGCCCUGGUCCAGGCCCAGCCCAACGUGGAUAAACUGGUGGAGGACCACCUGGCUGUGCAGUCGCUCAUCCGGGCCUAUCAGAUCCGAGGGCACCAUGUGGCCCAGCUGGACCCCCUGGGGAUCCUGGACGCCGAUCUGGACUCGUCCGUCCCAGCAGACAUAAUCACAUCCUCAGACCGACUGGACCUUGCAGGGUUCAAGGAGCGGCUGAGAUUGCUCACCGUAGGAGGGUUCUACGGCCUGGACGAGUCAGACCUGGACAAGGUCUUCCACCUGCCCACUACCACUUUCAUUGGAGGGACGGAGUCGGCCCUUCCUCUCCGGGAGAUUAUCCGGCGCCUGGAGAUGGCCUAUUGCCAGCACAUCGGUGUGGAGUUCAUGUUCAUCAACGACCUGGAGCAGUGCCAGUGGAUCCGGGAGAAGUUUGAGACUCCGGGCGUCAUGCAGUUCAGCAGCGAGGAGAAGCGCACCUUGCUGGCGAGGCUGGUGCGGUCAACCAGGUUCGAGGAGUUCCUUCAGCGGAAGUGGUCCUCCGAGAAGCGGUUCGGUUUGGAGGGCUGCGAGGUGCUCAUCCCGGCGCUGAAGACCAUCAUCGACAAGUCGAGCGAGAACGGGGUGGACUACGUCAUCAUGGGGAUGCCGCACAGGGGCCGCCUAAACGUCCUGGCCAACGUGAUCCGGAAGGAGCUGGAGCAGAUUUUUUGUCAGUUUGACUCAAAGUUGGAGGCGGCAGAUGAGGGCUCCGGCGAUGUCAAGUACCACCUGGGCAUGUACCACCGGAGGAUCAACCGUGUGACCGACAGGAACAUCACCCUGUCGCUGGUGGCCAACCCCUCCCACCUAGAAGCAGCCGACCCCGUGGUCAUGGGCAAGACCAAGGCAGAGCAGUUCUACUGCGGGGACAGCGAGGGGAAAAAGGUGAUGUCCAUCUUGAUCCACGGAGACGCCGCAUUUGCCGGGCAGGGCAUCGUGUAUGAGACUUUUCACCUGAGCGACCUGCCCUCCUACACGACCCACGGCACUGUCCACGUGGUGGUCAACAACCAGAUCGGCUUCACCACCGACCCCCGCAUGGCUCGCUCCUCCCCGUAUCCCACCGACGUGGCUCGGGUGGUCAACGCCCCCAUCUUCCACGUCAACGCCGACGACCCCGAGGCCGUGGUCUACGUGUGCAACGUGGCGGCCGAGUGGAGGAGCACGUUCCACAAGGAUGUGGUGGUGGACCUGGUGUGCUACCGGCGCAACGGCCACAACGAGAUGGACGAGCCCAUGUUUACGCAGCCGCUGAUGUACAAGCAGAUCCGCAAGCAGAAGCCCGUGCUGCAGAAAUACGCCGAGACGCUCGUGGAGCAGGGCGUCGUCAACCAGCCCGAGUAUGAGGAGGAGAUCUCCAAGUACGAUAAGAUCUGUGAGGAGGCCUUCUCCAGAUCAAAGGAUGAGAAGAUCCUGCACAUCAAACACUGGCUGGAUUCCCCCUGGCCCGGUUUCUUCACCCUGGACGGUCAGCCCCGAAGCAUGGCCUGCCCUUCGACUGGCCUGACCGAGGAGGACCUGGCCCAUAUAGGCAAAGUAGCCAGCUCUGUGCCCGUGGAAGACUUCACCAUUCACGGAGGACUGAGCCGCAUCCUGAAGACGCGUGGGGAGAUGGUGAAGCAACGGAUGGUGGACUGGGCCCUGGCCGAGUACAUGGCCUUCGGCUCGCUCCUCAAGGAGGGCAUCCACAUCCGGCUGAGCGGGCAGGACGUCGAGAGGGGCACCUUCAGCCACCGGCACCACGUGCUGCACGAUCAGAACGUCGACAAGAGGACCUGCAUCCCCAUGAACCACUUGUGGCCCAACCAAGCGCCCUACACCGUCUGCAAUAGCUCCCUGUCCGAGUACGGGGUUCUGGGCUUCGAGCUGGGCUUCGCCAUGGCCAGCCCCAACGCCCUAGUCCUGUGGGAGGCCCAGUUUGGGGACUUCCACAAUACGGCCCAGUGCAUCAUCGACCAGUUCAUCAGCCCGGGGCAGGCCAAGUGGGUGCGGCAGAACGGUAUCGUGCUGCUCCUGCCCCAUGGCAUGGAGGGCAUGGGUCCGGAGCAUUCGUCGGCCAGACCGGAGCGCUUCCUGCAGAUGUGCAACGAUGACCCCGACGUCUUCCCGAAACUGGAUGACUUUGAUGUGCGUCAGUUGUACGACUGCAACUGGAUCGUGGUGAAUUGCUCUACGCCCGCCAACUUCUUUCACGUCCUGCGGCGGCAGAUCCUCCUGCCCUUCCGAAAGCCGCUGAUCGUCUUCACGCCCAAGUCCCUGUUGCGCCACCCCGAAGCCCGCUCAGGCUUCGAAGACAUGCUGCCGGGCACCCACUUCCUGCGCAUCAUCCCGGACAGCGGGCCUGCCUCCCAGGACCCCGGCCACGUCAAGCGGCUGCUCUUCUGCACCGGCAAAGUUUACUAUGACCUCACACGCGAGCGUAAGGCUCGCAACAUGGAGGCAGAGGUGGCCAUCACCCGCGUCGAGCAGCUGUCGCCGUUCCCCUUCGACCUGCUGCAGAAGGAGGCUCUCAAGUACCCCAACGCGGAGCUGGCCUGGUGCCAGGAAGAGCACAAGAACCAGGGCUACUACGACUACGUCAAGCCGCGACUGCGGACCACCAUCGACCGCCUCAAGCCCGUCUGGUACGCCGGCCGCGAGCCUGCCGCCGCCCCCGCCACGGGCAACAAGAAGACCCACCUGACAGAGCUGCAGCGUCUCCUAGAGACAGCCUUCAACCUGGACUCUUUCAAGGGCUUGUCCUAGGCGCCGGCUCCGUCUGUCUGUCCGUCUGUCCUGCCUGCCCAACUCUCCUGAGCUCCACCACACUGCCCCCGCCCCCCACCCGGCGGGGCCCCUGGCCUCUUCACCGCUCCAUCCUCUAUGUCACCCGACCCCCGGCACCCCCCAGGCGGCCUUGGCAAGGGGAGUGCCUGGGCUGCCAGUCCAAUUAGUCUCACCUCACUCCUGGGCCACCAGCCUGCCUGGGGAGGGGCGGGGGUGAAGUAGGGGGAGGGAAAGGGGCUAGGGCCGGGCGGGGGGCUGAGCUGCACUUUGUCGGGCCUCAGACAGCUGUUGCUCCCACCGUGCGAGGGGGUGUGAGGUCUUAGCGUGGGGAGGAGCUGCAGCCUCAUCCACUCUGGAUCCACACCUCCACGCUUCCUCCCUGAGCUCUCCCCUGGGCUCUGCAUGUGGUCUCCGUGCCCCAUCCACUCCACGUGGCUCCCUGGGGCCGGGAGCCCCCGUCCAUCGCCGUCACGCCCUCCUCACUGCCGCCUCUGACCCCGGCUCUGGGGUAGGGGAGUUCUACUCCCAGCAGGAAAACACCGACUAUUACUAAAGCCACCGGCCUCCGGCGCCCCUGUCCCCGCUCGGCCUGGCCCACUGGGGAAGCCCCUUGGUCUCCAUCUCUGUCUCCCGUCCUGUUCUAGUCUGUCGCCCUCUCUGCGGCGCACUGAACCUCUUUUAAGGCUCAGGGAGAAGCGGAGGAGUGCCAGCUGGCUUCCGUCCUGUGCCAACCCCCCCGUCCCCGUCGUCGUCAACCCCACCACCCCACCCGGAGCGGAGGGCCUAGCAGGAGCCCGGGCAGGCAGGGAUUUGGGCAGCCCCUCAAUCACCACUUCCACCCCGUCCCGUGACAGAUCUGAUUUAUUUAUUUUGUUUAAAAAAAACAACAAAACCAACCCAACCCAGCUUUACGUUGUAUUUGGCUUCACAAUCCAAUAAAGUUCUCCUUGGGCCUGUG